AUGGAUUUGUACCUGAUUGGAUAUAUGAUGUGUCUAUGGAUGUCCAGUUCCAGGGUGCUUGGAGGCUAUCCAAUCUGGUGGUCCCUGGCCCUGGGGCAACAGUACUCAUCUCUGGGCUCUCAACCCAUCCUGUGCGGCUCCAUUCCUGGCCUGGUGCCCAAGCAGCUGCGCUUCUGUCGAAACUACAUUGAGAUCAUGCCCAGUGUGGCCGAAGGCGUUAAGUUGGGCAUCCAAGAGUGCCAGCACCAGUUUCGUGGGCGCCGCUGGAACUGUACCACCAUCAAAGACAAUCUGGCCAUAUUCGGUCCUGUCCUUGACAAAGCUACCAGGGAAUCUGCGUUUGUUCAUGCGAUUGCUUCGGCUGGUGUGGCAUACGCAGUGACGCGAUCAUGUGCAGAGGGGACCUCCACUAUGUGCGGCUGUGACUCCCACCACAAAGGCCCUCCAGGGGAGGGGUGGAAGUGGGGAGGCUGCAGCGAGGACGCCGAAUUUGGGGUUCUGGUGUCCCGAGAGUUCGCGGAUGCCCGCGAAAACCGUCCGGAUGCCCGCUCUGCCAUGAAUCGGCACAACAACGAGGCAGGGCGUAUGACUAUCCUGGAGAAUAUGCACCUGCGUUGUAAGUGCCACGGCCUGUCGGGCAGCUGUGAAGUGAAGACCUGCUGGUGGGCGCAGCCUGACUUCCGACUGUUGGGCGACUACCUGAAAGACAAGUACGACAGCGCUUCAGAGAUGGUGGUGGAGAAGCACAGGGAGUCCCGUGGCUGGGUGGAGACACUGCGUGCCAAGUACACCAUCUUCAAGCACCCCACUGAACGUGACCUGGUCUACUAUGAGGGUUCACCCAACUUUUGCGAGCCCAACCCAGAGACCGGCUCGUUCGGCACGCACGACCGCAUCUGCAACGUGUCAUCCCAUGGAAUCGAGGGUUGUGACUUGCUGUGCUGCGGCCGUGGUCAUAACACUCGAACUGAGAAACGUAAGGAGAAAUGCCACUGCAUUUUCCACUGGUGCUGCUACGUCAGCUGCCAGGAAUGCGUGCGUGUUUAUGAUGUGCACACGUGUAAGUGA